AUGGAGGGAAGUAAUGCUCAAGAACAAGGCAACACCACAGAAGCGGACGCCGUCUUUCGGGAUUUCCAAGGCCGCCAUGAAGCUUUGGUGAAAGCCUUAAUCACCGACUCUGAAGAAUUCUAUAAGCAAUGCGAUCCUGUGAAGGGCGUCGACCUUUGCUUGUUUAGACUUGAAGAUGGACGAUGGGAAGCUGAACUGGCUGCCCAUAAACCUCCAGUGAUACCAAACCCUACAUGGGGUUUCCACAUUCGCAGAGAUUUGUUGGAUAAAUAUCCAUGCAUGCGUAAAGUUGCUGCUGCAUGUGAUUCAUGGUUACUAGCUGUGGCUUUCUUUCUUGCUUCUGAGCGUUCUUUUAAUGGAGCUCAAAGGGAUCGUCUGUUCAAGAUGAUGAAUAAUCUCCCUACAUUGCAUGAAAUUGUGGUUAAGUCAUCAGAUUCUGAUAAUCCAAGCACCAAGAGAUCCGAAUCAACUGAUCAAGCUGGAGGGUCCGGAUCUGCUCAAUCCUCGAGCGGCACCACCGAGCAAGCAAAGGGUAAAGGAAAAUUAUCGGCCGAGGAGGUGUAA